AUGCUGGGCUCUAUACACCUUCGAAUGACCUGGUUAAGAAUCUCGAUACUUCCCGAGGAUCCAGUGACCGAAAGUGCAAUUUUGCCCCUGGAAGCAAAGGAUCCUCAUUUUUGGCAAAAGAAGGAUGACUAUCGUCAGGAUGUCAAUGCAGAAAACUUCGACUAUCUUGGGUACUUGAUGCGUGCACCUUCUGUCACCGGCUGA